GCGGAUGAUAUGGUGGGCUGUCUACCGCGCGCCCGGGCAUCAGGUUACGGUUUAGCUCAAGGAGAGGCGCAAAGCGGGGGACGUCUGGUUCCAAGCAGUGAACGAGAGAGAGACAGAGGAGGGAGAGAGAGCAAGUCCUGACCCGUGGUAGACUAGACCACUUCUAACUAUGAGUCCCUCGUCUACCAGCCUACUGUACAAUAAAUAACUCUAGACUUAGGGACAAAGAGGACACUGCUAAAGCCCGGCCUACUGCUGCGUGGUGGGCAUCCGGGCAGUGCAUGCACGAAUACAUGCUCCAGCUCAAUUGGACCUCUCACAUGUUCUGUCUAGGACGAAUAGGAAAUAUUCACUACAUUAAGUCACAGCAGUUCCCCUGCUCUGGGGGAAGAGAGGAGAAGGGUGGGAUGAGGAGAAAAGACGGAUAAAGUGUGUUCUGACGGGAGUUCUGACUGAUGGAUGCGUGUUGUCAUCUAUUCUAUGAAGUAAAGCGACAGAUACGGAGAGCGUUGCUGGGAGAUGGUAUUCACCUGACAAAGACAUCGGCCGUUCGGCUACCCUCCUGACCGCAGUACUAGCCUGCAGAGAAACCUCGAUAUAGGUUACCUGAUCUAACGAGGAACCGGAUCGUUGUGACAUUAGUGACACAUACGCGAAGAAAGAACUUCCCCCGUUUCUCAGCUGCAAGUCAACGGUAUCACUUUGGCUUUCAUCCCGCCUUGAACCUCUUAAAAACCGUAAUUUAGAGCCAACCGCUGUUGACACGAGCGCUUUGCGGACGGUUCAACCAAGGACAGUAGAGGUUUGAACGGGGAUCUGAAGACACGUCGGACAGAGAGACAUGCAUCUAACAUCGACCUCAUAUGCACCCGACUGACAAACACACAAGCCACAGAAGAAAGCGGUAGAUAGCGGCUACUGCACCGCCACGCGCACGGCGGGUCCGGUGCUCUCCCCGGCUCACUCUGUCUCCCGGUUGAGAGAAUGGCAGGGGUCGCGUGUUGGAAAUGUUACCUCUGGAUCUUAAUUGUCGUGUUUUGGUCGACGUUACCUUCUGACGCCAAAUCACUGGAAACGAUCAUGUGGAGCACUCAGAAUGCCAAGUUCCUGUCAGGUAGAGGGGUGGUCAUCUACCCAGAUAUCGGGGACAAGCUGGACAUUAUCUGCCCCAAGGCUGAGCCAGGACGAGACUAUGAGUUCUAUAAGCUGUACCUGGUCAGGAGAGAGCAGGCGGAGGGGUGCAGCACGGUCAUGGACCCCAACGUACUGGUCAACUGUAACAAGCCAGAGAAGGACAUCAAGUUCACCAUCAAGUUCCAGGAGUUUAGUCCCAACUAUAUGGGCCUGGAGUUUAAGAAGAACAUGAAUUACUACAUCACAUCCACAUCCAAUGGUUCAGUCGAAGGCCUGGAGAACAGAGAGGGAGGAGUCUGUAAGACCAAGGCCAUGAAAGUGGUUAUGAAGGUCGGACAAGACCCCAAAACUGUUCUACCAGACCCUGUAUUACCAGAGGAACCCGAGAGAGGGAAGGACAACGCUCUGGGAGGAGAUUUCAGUCCUAGCCCUGAGGACAACCAGCUGCCUGAAGCAGGAGAGCCAGGCAACACUGACUCUAUAAACCAGGACAACAGGUCAGGAGGUUCCAGCAGCAGUGACAGCAUCCUGGGGUCAAAGGUUGCUGUGUUUUCAGCCAUCGGAGCUGGCUGCAUCAUCUUCCUCCUCCUCAUCCUCUUUCUCGUCAUCCUGCUCAUCAAGAUGAGGAAGAGAGUCCAGAAGCACUCUCACGCCCAGCCACACCCCUCCACCAUGGCACUCAGCACGCUGUCCAAUCAGAGCAAGCUGCCUGGCAGUGGGGGCACAGCCGGGACGGAACCCAGUGACAUCAUCAUCCCGAUGCGGACGGAGAAUAACUACUGCCCUCACUACGAGAAGGUGAGCGGUGACUACGGACAUCCUGUUUAUAUCGUACAGGAGAUGCCUCCACAGAGCCCAGCAAACAUCUACUACAAAGUCUGAGAGAGGAGGAGAGGAGAGAACAUCUACUACAAAGUCUGAGAGAGGAGGAGAGGAGCGAGCAUCUACUACAAAGUCUGAGAGAAGAGGAGAGGAGCGAGCAUCUACUACAAAGUCUGAGAGAGGAGGAGAGGAGAGAACAUCUACUACAAAGUCUGAGAGAGGAGGAGAGGAGAGAACAUCUACUACAAAGUCUGAGAGAAGAGGAGAGGAGCGAGCAUCUACUACAAAGUCUGAGAGAGGAGGAGAGGAGCGAGCAUCUACUACAAAGUCUGAGAGAGGAGGAGAGGAGCGAGCAUCUACUACAAAGUCUGAGAGAGGAGGAGAGGAGCGAGCAUCUACUACAAAGUCUGAGAGAGGAGGAGAGGAGCGAGCAUCUACUACAAAGUCUGAGAGCGGAGGAGAGGAGCGAGCAUCUACUACAAAGUCUGAGAGAGGAGGAGAGGAGAGAGCAUCUACUACAAAGUCUGAGAGAGGAGGAGAGGAG